AUGGGGGAAGCAAUUAGCUUUGCAUUUCCUGUCGACGUGGAUUAUGAUGUCAAUGAUGAGCGUCAUGUGUUUGACGAAGGCCUUUCUGAGGAUGAGUCCACCGACAGCGGUCUAAGUUCCAACUACGAGGAGUUGAUGGAUUUUGACGCUGCAAAUUAUAUCGUAGUCGUCAGAGAACAUGUGAAGUGGCCAAGUAAAGUCGACUCCAAUGAUGAACAGCUAGAAGAUGAAGAUUACGAACCAGAAGAAGCUGGGGAAAAUGGCACCAUGCCUUCAUCAGACGAUGGAUCAAGCUUCGCCGACGAUGAUACACCAGAGAGCGAAAUAACUCCUGGAAAAUGUUCUUCCCCGGUGCCCACCACCUUGCACGAGCUUUGUAAGGCAGAUUUACACAUGAAGGAGCAAAAAGAGUGUCGAGACCGUCUCUAUUCGCGAGUCACUGAACUUCGAGAAGGGCUGCGAGAAAUCGAGCUCCAAAUUCCGGAAGCAGAAUUAUAUCUUCAGAUUGCUGAGAAGAACAUUGAGACCAAGAGAGCUGCUAAUAAUGCGGUUCUUGAGGUUUCGGGGCUCUCACUGGAGCUUUUUGACGCUUACAAAGAGUUCUGUGAAUCGCUUCACCCGGAAUUCGGCCUGCGAGAUGGAUUUUCAAUUCAAUGUAACUCCAAGCAUAAUAACUCUUACGUGUAA